UAUAAACAAGGCUGAUUUUAUAUUCUAGCGUACGUCAUACGGUACAGCCCAAGCUAUGUGACGAGGGCAAGUGAAAAGGAGAGUAGAGAGGCAGUGCAUGGGAUGAAUGAGAGAGAAUGAAGGGGAAAAACAUCUUUGAAUAAUGACGUUUGGCCUUAAAAUUUCUCAGAACUUGCCACCAUAUCCACUAGCCGCAAUAGUGUUUUUGACCUAAUCUUACAUGGCUCAUACAAAUUAAGGCACACAUGUCCCUGGAAGUUUCCGUUGUCCCUGAUCUUUUAAUUGAUUGCGAAAUAUCCAAGUCUUCCAAUAUUAAUUUUACGGGUUUUGCUACAGUUUUCCUCAGCUUCUCUAUCACUCUAUUAUGCCUUUACCAUUUUGACCUUUAGAUUUGCACAUAUCCUGAUCAUUCCAAGUUAGUCAAUAAUCCAUAAUCCUUGUAGUGCUUUUUCAGAAAAUUCAUUACGACACUAUCAACUCUUCCUUCUAUAUAAUUCAUUGUAAAUGGUAAAGGCUUCCAUGCAUGGUUCAAUGCUUUGAUGUUAUUAAUUAAUUGAAAAGCAUGGAAACGCAUACUCUCAGUGAUGAAAUCAACCCAUCAACAUAUGGUGAAAGAAUCACAGUUCUAAGCAUUGAUGGGGGAGGGAUUAGAGGCAUUAUUCCAGGAACAAUAUUGAGUUUCCUGGAAUCCAAACUACAGGAAUUGGAUGGAGAACAUGCUCGAAUCGCAGAUUACUUCGAUGUUAUUGCAGGAACUAGCACAGGAGGUCUUAUAGCAGCCAUGUUGACUGCUCCUGAUGACAAGAAACGUCCUCUAUACAUGGCGAAAGAUAUCGUUCCAUUCUAUCUAAAGCAUUGCCCUAAAAUAUUUCCUCAGUCCUAUGGACCUAUCAUGAAAUUGAAUGCUUUAAGGGGACCAAAAUACGAUGGUAAGUACUUCCGAAAGCUAGUUCGCAAGAUACUUGGUGCUCGAAGACUUACAGAAACUGUAACCCGUGUGGUUAUUCCUACAUUUGAUAUCCAAUUGCUGCAACCUGCUGUCUUCUCAACCUUUGAGGCAGAGAUUGAUGCUUCCAAGGAUGCUUUGCUAUCUGAUGUUUGUAUCAGUACUUCCUCAGCUCCUAUUUAUUUUCCAGCUUAUCACUUUAAAGCUAAAGAUUCAGAAGGAAAUGACAGGGAAUUUCACCUUGUUGAUGGGGGAAUAGCAGCAAAUAACCCAGCAUUGCUGGCAAUGAAACCAACCGGAACAGUCUUCCUGGGCGAUCCUGAUUCUUUACCAGCACAAGCCCUACAUUAUGAAAAGUAUCUGGUGAUUUCCCUAGGCACUGGAACUUCAAAGGUGGAGAAGAAAUACAAUGCAAAAAUGGCAGCAAAAUGGGGAAUCCUUGGCUGGCUUUAUAGACAAGGCAAUUCUCCUUUAAUUGAUGCCUUUACCUAUGCCAGUGGAGAUAUGGUCGAUCUUCACAUGUCCUUAAUCUUCAAAUCCAUCAGAUGUGAGCAUAACUACCAUCGCAUCCAGGAUGACACAUUGAGCGGGGACACAUCUUCAACAGACAAGGCAACCCAGAAGAAUUUGGAGGAGCUUGUGAAGAUUGGUGAAAGGCUUUUGAAGGAGCCUGUUUCAAGGGUUAACCUAGACACUGGCAUUUUUGAAGCAGUUGAAAAUGAAGGAACUAAUGAAGAAGCUCUAGUCAGGUUUGCAAAAUUGCUGUCAGAAGAAAGGAAACUCCGUUGGCAGCGAUUGCAACGUAGCCAGGACUCCAAUUAACGUGCAAGUAUGGAUCAAUAAGAAAAGAAAAAUAAGCAGUCAUCAAGUCAACUCGUUGCCAAACUGACUAUUAUUUUAUUGUUUUCUAUUUGAAUGGUUAGAAUAAAUUGAAUGUCCGAACUUUGUAACUUGUGGGUAUUAUCCCCAUUGAAUAAUUUGAAGUAAUAUACUGCUUGUUAAUUGGCCAAUUUA